UGGCACCAUCUUUUCCACACACGCUCGCGGUGGGUGAUAGGGGCGCAUUAUUUAAACCUCCUCUGUUCCACUCUUUUCUUCUCCUCAAGUUUACCAUGCCCCCUCGCAAGAAAGCUGUCCCAUCUGCCGACGUUGCAAAGCCAGUGUCAUCGCGGUCCACUAGGGCUAGUACGAGGCAGGCAAACGUCCCACCUGCUUCUACUACAUUUGUAACAAAACCCAUCUCCAAACCGAAAUCAACCAAGGCGAAGCGUGUCCGCGACGAUGAUGAGGCAGAUGAUACCCCGGGCCCUUCUAAAAAGCCCAAGGUGGACAAGGACAAGGACACUAGUGACAAUAAGGCAGACGACGAAGCUAAAAAGAUGGUCACUGUUGUGAAACGAGGUGCUGCUCCGGUAGACCCACUCUCCGGCUUCGUCAAUACACAUCAAGUCUACUCGAAUGAUGACAGCGUUUGGGACGCAAUGCUCAAUCAAACUGAGGUUGGCUCUAACAAGAACAAAUUCUAUGUAAUACAACUUCUGCAUACCAUUGGUAAUGAUGCCCAAUGCACCCUCUACACGCGUUGGGGUCGUGUUGGUGAGCAUGGUCAAAGCCAAAUCAAGGGACCAUGGCCAUCUGUUUCUGCCAUCAACGAGUUCAAGAAGCAGUUCAAGUCGAAAUCCGGCGUUGCGUGGCCUCAACGCUUUGGCAUGGUCGCUGCGAAGGGAAAAUACACAUGGUUAGAGCGUGCAUUCGAGAAUGAAGAUGACAAGGCGGAAGGCAGCGGCAGCAACAAGAAAGAAGACGAACCUGUACCAGACUCCAAGCUGUCAUCUGAGUUGCAGGCACUCUGCAACCUCAUUUUCUCAUCCAAACUUAUUGCUGCUCACUUGUCGUCGAUGAAUUACGAUGCCAAUAAGCUUCCCCUUGGCAAACUCGCCAAGUCGACGAUCCUCAAUGGAUUUGCGGCAUUGAAGAAACUUGCGGAAGUGGUCCAGUAUCCAGAUGGCGACUUGGCGAAGUCUCAGGGCGGAUUCCGAACCGCAUGUGAAACGUUUACUUCGGAAUACUAUUCUAUCAUCCCUCAUGUAUUCGGGCGUACGAGGCCCAUUGUAAUCAGCGACCAAGAGCUAUUGAAAAGGGAAUUGAACCUCGUCGACGCUUUGGGAGACAUGGAAAUCGCCCAUAAGCUCAUAACGGCCUCCAUCCAUGUUGACGACGACGGGAAGCCACUUAACCCGCUGGAUGCACACUUCCGCUCGCUGGGUCUUAAUUCGAUGGACCCUGUCGCUCGAUCCAGCUCGGAAUUCCAAGCUCUCGUACGUUACACCUCCGACACGCAUGGACAAACGCAUCACUUCAAGUCGUCGGUUUUACAUGCAUUUAGAGUGGAGAGAGAGGUAGAGACUUCUGCAUGGUUGGCGAAGGGGUACGAUAAGCUUCCUGCUGGCGAUCGGAUGCUUUUGUGGCACGGUUCUAGGACGACUAACUUCGCUGGUAUCCUCAAACAGGGCCUUCGGAUUGCCCCUCCGGAAGCACCUGUUACGGGCUACAUGUUUGGCAAAGGCGUCUACUUUGCAGAUAUGAUGUCAAAAUCCGCAGGCUACUGCUACUCUAGCUUGAGCAAUCAAAUCGGCGUGUUACUCCUCUGUGAAGUGGCUGUAAAACCAUUCCUCGAGAUGAACAACGCAAAUUACAACGCCCACGAAGAUUGCAAGAAAAACGAGAAACUGGCGACAAAAGGGGUAGGGAUGAUACAACCUACCAAUUGGCAAGAUGCUGGUAUGGCACUUGGCCACAAAGAACUUGAGGGUGUCCACAUGCCCAAGGGAGAAGCAUCGAAUGUCAGCCCCCCUGGAGCCUUUCUUAUGUACAACGAGUACAUUGUAUAUGAUCCAUCUCAGAUCCGCUUGCGAUACCUGCUCAUGGUGAAGAUGGAUUGAGCCAGGAAAUACAUACGAAAUCUCUUUUCUACUGUUAGAUGUAGACGUAAAUUCGUUCGCAAUGUAAAUAGAUAAAUGAGGAUUAUUUGUCCCUAUUUACGCGUCCAUAUAAUACCUCCCCCG